CAUACAGAUUAAAAAAAAAACUUUUAGUCAAAUGAUUGAAAAAAAAAUCUACGAUCAACUAAAAAGUGACAUCACAAUCCAAUAUUGUCAACUUUCCAUAUUGCUUUGCUCAAUCAAGAUUUGAUAUUUUUUCCAGCGUUGGAAAAUUUGUAAAUGGUUACAAAGUUAUAUAUAGAAAGAACAAGCUGGCAGAUUUUCAAGAACAGCAAGAAGAGAGUGCAUCUCUCUUGGUAGACACUCAAAAUUCUAUUAAUCAUAUUCAUAAUCAAGAACAAGAACAGAGAUUAAUUAUGGCUGAAAGGGUAGAUUUGUCUGCUAAUUCUAAUUCUUCUUGGCAGAUGAGAAUACAUGAUGAAGAUAAGGUUGAUGUUGAAAUUCCUGAGACUGCUCAUCAGAUUAGCAGUGAUUCAUGGUUUCAAGUAGGUUUCGUGCUAACGACCGGUGUAAACAGUGCCUAUGUACUAGGAUAUGCUGGGAUUAUUAUGGUUCCUCUAGGUUGGGCAGCUGGUGUUGUUGGUUUGCUUUUUGCAGCUGCAAUCUCAUUGUAUGCAAAUUCUCUCGUUGCCAAGCUCCAUGAAUAUGGCGGAAAAAGGCAUAUCAGAUACAGAGAUCUCGCAGGAUUUAUUUACGGUAAGAAAGCUUAUUCUACUACAUGGGGAUUGCAAUAUGUUAAUCUUUUUAUGAUUAAUACUGGAUAUAUUAUUUUGGCUGGUCAGGCUCUUAAGGCUGUGUAUGUUCUUUAUACAGAUGAUCAUGUAAUGAAGCUACCAUACUUUAUCGUCAUUGCUGGAUUUGUAUGUACUUUGUUUGCCAUUGCAACUCCCCAUUUAUCAGCUCUAAGAAUUUGGCUUGGAGUUUCAACAAUUCUCAGCCUUAUAUAUAUCAUUGUAGCAAUUGUUCUGUCACUUAAAGAUGGCCUUAACGCCCCACCAAGGGAUUACAGCAUUCCGGGAACAUCCAUAAGCAAAAUCUUUACGUCAAUAGGAGCAUGUGCUAGUCUGGUUUUUGCCUAUAACACAGGAAUGCUUCCUGAAAUACAGGCAACUAUACGGAGACCUGUAGUUAGUAACAUGAUGAAAGCACUGUACUUCCAGUUCACAAUUGGUCUUGUGCCAUUGUUUGCUGUUACAUUUAUCGGUUACUGGGCUUAUGGAAAUGCCACGACCGCCUACUUGCUUAGCAGCGUCACCGGUCCGGUUUGGGUGAAGACAAUGGGCAAUCUUGCUGCCUUCCUGCAGUCAGUCAUCGCUUUACAUAUAUUUGCGAGCCCGAUGUACGAAUACUUGGAUACAAAGUUUGGCAUCAAAGGCAGUCCAUUGGCAAUUGGAAAUUUAUCAUUUAGAUUAGGAGUAAGAGGAGGCUACUUAACCAUUAACACAUUUGUGGCAGCUCUUUUACCAUUCUUGGGAGAUUUUAUGAGUCUUACAGGAGCAAUCAGCACAUUCCCUCUCACAUUUAUACUUGCUAAUCACAUGUAUUUGAGAGCCAAGAAUAACAAGUUGACCAAUUUUCAAAAGCUGUGGCAUUGGUUCAAUGUUUGUUUCUUUGGUUUUGCAUCUCUUGCGGCAGCCGUUGCAGCUCUUCGGCUUAUCGCCAUCGAUUCCAAGACAUACCAUGUCUUUGCAGAUUUAUGAAUCGGUCAAAAUUGGAACCGCUAUGUUGUAGAAUCGAUAAUCAUUGACCGGUUCUGGUUUUUGGCUGGUUUUUUUUACACCGGUUCCACUUUUGGUGAAACUGGGUUUGGAACAGCCAGCUGACAAACCGUAGCCAGGGCUAUAUGGAGAUUCAAUUAAACAUUAAAUCCUCCAUUCCUCAGAAAUGUAUUCUUGAUUAGUGAAUUACAUUUAGAAUCCAUUUUUGGCUGUACUUGUAGCUUAAGCAUAUAUAAAAUAGUUAAUUGGUGCAA